GUCACAGUUACAAACAUGCCAAUGGUCAUCGCCAUAGGGGCCCGUCUGCCGGUGGAACUAUUAGUGUAUUCUUCGUGUCUUGUGAUGUGCUUCCUCGUCUCUCGUCAAAUAAGAGCAGGGUCCAUUAUGGAGUUUAAAUUUACACAACCUAAAAUAAACCGUGUUUAUAAACUUUCGUCUAGGAAGAUGUGUGACAGAGCGGGAUCUCCUAAGUGCGUCAGGCCGGACACUCUUUACGAGAAAGACGAAGUCCUGUUUGCUUAUUUUGUGAAGAAAGAGGAACGAGAUGAUGUUUCUUAUCCUUUAAUAAUUCUUGAACGCAUGCGUCCAUGCUUGGCAAAUGAAAGUGGUGGAGUGAGUGACACUGUUGACUCUCAAAAGGAAAGCCGAAGAAUGAGCCGUAGAAAGAAAGCAAAGGUUGAAUAUCGUGAGAUGGAGGAAAAGUACAGCCAGCUCUUGGAUGAGGAAGAUGUGUCGGAUACAUCUGAGAAGUCUAAAGCUGGUGGAACUGCAACUCCAGAAAGUGUGUUGACACCUGUUCCAGAACCCAUAAAGAAGGAAAUUUUACUGCCACCAGAACAACCAUCUGCAAAUGCAACCACAAUUGCAGUAAAUGCUAAUGCAGUAACGGCUGAGAAGUAUGAAGAAGUGGAACCAGAUUCAGAACAGGAUGACCCAACUGGUUUGGAAGGAGCCGCGUUUCAGAGUCGAUUACCUUUUGACAAGAUGAUAGCUCCUGAAGCUGCUGCUUUUCCUGAUGUUGCUCAGGGACCACCACAGACAUUAAAAGUAUUCCUGUACAUCAGAAACAGACUAUUGCAGCUCUGGCUUGACAACCCAAAACAGCAGCUGCUUUUUGAAAAUGCUCUGCCUCAGGUUGAACCACCGUACAACAGUGAUGGACCAUUAGUCAUGAGAGUCCAUGGAUUUCUUGAAAGACAUGGCUUUAUUAACUUUGGGAUCUUCAAGAGGCUUAAGAGUCUUCCUGCGAAGAAGCAGGGGAAGGUCAUCGUGAUUGGAGCUGGCAUUGCUGGCUUGGCAGCCGCUCAGCAAAUGCAGCAGUUUGGAAUGGAAGUUGUCGUGCUGGAGGCAAGGGACCGAGUAGGAGGUCGGAUUGCCACGUUCCGUAAGUCUAAUUAUAUCGCUGAUCUUGGCGCGAUGGUAGUCACUGGUUUGGGAGGAAAUCCGGUGACUGUUCUCUCAAAACAAAUCAAUAUGGAACUGCACAAGAUCAGGCAGAAAUGUCCCUUGUACGAGUCAAACGGCAAUACGGUUCCAAAGGAUAAAGAUGAAAUGGUGGAGAGAGAAUUCAACCGUCUGUUAGAGGCAACAAGUUAUUUGUCACAUCAGCUGGAUUUUAAUUACGCUGGUGGAAGACCAGUCUCUCUAGGACAAGCUUUAGAAUGGGUAAUAAAAUUACAAGAGAAGAAUGUCAAAGAAAAGCAAGUGCAACAUUGGAAAGCUGUGAUAGCCCUUCAGGAAAGAUUACAGACCAAUCAGCACAGGAUGUUGGCCUUGCGAGAGAAAAUUGAAGAGCUCAGUAAACAGUAUAAGGAACAGUGUGAGAGCAAGGGUCCAAGAGAUGUCACUCAGGAGUUCGUUUUUCGUUCCAAACUAAGGGAUCUCAACAACUCGUGUCGAGAAUGGGAUCAGUUAUCGGAACAACAGAAAGAAAUUGAAGAUAAACUACAAGAAUUGGAAGCAUCACCGCCAAGCGACGUGUAUCUGUCAUCACGGGAUCGCCAAAUUUUGGACUGGCAUUUUGCGAAUCUGGAAUUUGCUAAUGCUACACCCCUUACCAAUCUUUCUCUGAAGCACUGGGACCAGGAUGAUGAUUUUGAGUUCACUGGAAGCCAUCUAACAGUGAGAAAUGGUUACUCAUGCGUACCCGUGGCGCUGUCUGAGGGGCUGGACAUCAGGCUGAACACUGGUGUUCGUCAGAUACGAUACGGACCACAUGGGGUGGAGAUUACAACUGCCAACUCUCGAAAUCACAGUAAUCCUGUCACUUUCAAAGGAGAUGCUGUCCUGUGCACAUUGCCACUAGGUGUACUGAAGCAGUGCACUGCGGCCAACUCUCAGGGGGUGCCCAACACCGUGCAGUUCAUCCCGCCAUUGCCCGACUGGAAGGUGGCAGCCAUACAACGCUUGGGUUUUGGGAACCUGAACAAAGUAGUGUUGUGCUUCGAACGAAUCUUCUGGGACCCCAAUGCAAACCUGUUUGGGCAUGUGGGUAGCACCACGGCAAGUAGAGGUGAACUGUUUCUCUUCUGGAACUUAUACCGAGCUCCAGUGCUUCUGGCCCUAGUGGCCGGAGAAGCGGCGGCCAUUAUGGAGAACGUCAGUGAUGACGUCAUAGUCGGUCGCUGCAUUGCCGUCCUCAAGGGUAUCUUCGGUAACAACGCAGUGCCGCAGCCGAAGGAAACGGUGGUGACGCGAUGGCGCGCGGAUCCAUGGUCCCGUGGAUCGUACUCUUUCGUUGCUGUGGGUUCCUCCGGAAGCGACUACGACAUCCUCGCGGCCCCCGUUAUCGCAGGCCAGAAUCAGCAGCACCAGCCCGGACUAGCUCAUAUCCAACAAUACAGACUUUUCUUCGCCGAGGCACCCGAACCCACUGCGAAUGAAGCAAUAGGCAUCAAUGGAAUUAUGACCCAGCCUGUGGUUGCUCUGGUCAAAGAAAGAAGUGGUAUUGUGGCCUACGUACUCGAGAAGGGGAUGACAUCUCUGGUAACUGACCUCAGCCCCGUCAUCCUUCGUCUGAACGAAAUUCUGAGAGAAAACGAUAAAACGGCUCUGAUCUUUAACCCAGUGACCCUCGCCGCCGACACUAACCCGAAUUUGCAGCAAGUGAGAGAACUGCCCAUCGUCAAGGUCGUGGCUCCUGAGAACACGCGGGUCUCCUCUGUAGCUAGAAUCUCGCUCAGCACGUUGCCUAUCGUUAUGCUCUUCGAGAGGGAGGACUUCGCUUCUCGCAAAUACCAAAGCUUGGUCAGCUAUGGUGAGGUCGACCUGGCUACAUUUGCUCCCACAAUUGUUUAAAAAAGCCAGACGAAGGCUUGUUAAGUUGCUGUUAAUACUUGUAAGAAAUGAUCUGAAUAAAUUUUAAUAUCUAACAAUA